AUGGAGGCAGAACUGGAGAAGCUUAUCACAGUCGGUGGACGGGAGAGUGGCAUCAACGUCUUCAACUCCACCAACCCGAUCACCUACACCUCCCAACCGCGCACCCCCAUACGCAAGGUCGCCACACCAAUUGAGGGCGCGUUUCUGCUGUACGACGUGCUGACGCCCGAGGAGUGCCAGCAGUUCAUCGACCUCACCGAGAAGAUGGGCUACGAGGAGGCCAUGGUCGACACCCAUGAUGGCAUGGUCAAGAUGCCAGAGCGGCGCAACAACGAGCGGGUGCUGUGGCGCGCGACGGCGGACGUGUGGGAGCCCAUCUGGGAGCGCGUGGCGCCCCACAUCCCCAACGCCAUCAACAUGUGCGACACCUACUGCCUCAACGAACGCCUCCGCUUCUAUCGAUAUGACAAGGAGGAGAUGUUCGGGGCACACUACGACCAAUGCUACAUGCUGGAGCCGUGGGACCGGUCACUGCUCACCUUCAUCGUCUACCUCACCGACGACUUCGAAGGCGGCGGCACCAUGUUCUACCCCAAGCUCUUCGAGGUGCGGCCGGUCAAGGGCAUGGCCUGCAUCUUCUUCCACGGCGAACACGAACGCAGCCCUGAACACGAGGGGAUGGUGGUGACCAAGGGGCGCAAGUACGUGCUACGCUCGGACGUCAUGUACCGGGCGCUGAAUACCGAAAAGUUCUAG